GACCCCUCUUUACUCUCAUCCAAGCCUGUGAACCAUCUCUCCAGCCACAAAUUGGAAAUCCACAACCCCAUUAAUUAAAAAACCCGGAGAAAUCCAAAAGCCACGAACCCCACGAGCAACUAUUUAGAAGAGCAAUCCAAAAGGGAUAGGUACAAGAGCAAUCCACGAGCAACCUCCAUUUGAGCUCGAAACAUCUACAGACCUUGAAAUCUCCGAACUGCAUUUCUCAUAGUACUUGUCAAUCAUUAUUUGUCCGUUUCUACAUUUAGAGAUGCAAAGUGCUUUCUCACCCCUACAAUUGUAUAACAAUGCUUCAUUUUUUUUUCAUUAUAUAUAUGCGUGUAUGUAUGUAAUAUAUGCACAAGUUGUUUAUUGGGGUGAAGAGAAACGGUGAAAGGGAUGACGGGAGACGGGAUACAGGAUGGUAGGGGAGAGAAAAUAGGGAAGAAGGGGGGAUAUUUUGGGUUGAAGUGAAAAAAAUAAGUCAUUAGGAUUAUCCUUAGGUUGGAGUUAUUUGCAAAAAUAUCUAGAAGCAUUUUGAAACUAGUAUAUUCCAGCUUCUAACUUUUAACUUAAAUUACUACCUCCGUCCCAAAUUGAUUUGCAAAUUUGACUUUUCUUGGUCAACAGUUGCGUUUUGUUCACUUAAUUAGGAUGCCAAUUUUUAAUUAUAUUCUAAUUUGGAGUUUACAACUUUGAAGAGAUUUUGAUGUAGUUUAUGAAUAUAAAAAUUUUAUUUAUUGAAAAUUAAAUUAAUUAUUAUGCAUAAGAAGAGUUAACUUUUAUUAUUAGUUGACAAAAAAAUGUUGACUUUGCAAAACAAAUUGGGACGGAGGAGUACUUAUUUUUAAUUAGAAGUUUGUAUUUAACAAACAGCUUUUUUAUUUUAUUUUUUAUAAAAAAAAUUAACCAACAAAACAUACGAAAACCCUUUCCUCCAGCGGCCGCAAGUCUGAACAGCAAAUGGACUUGAACUUCGCGUAGCUGACGAUAUUCAUCAUUUCAUCGCCGUUAUCAUCCAAAUCGACGCCGGGAAGUUGCGAAAGAGGGAAACCCGGGAUCAGGGUACAAUUAACAACAUGUAUAUUUACUCAGACUAAAGAUAAAGAUACGGAGCUGGUUUUCGAGCAAAUCUUCGGAGCUUUUCCAAACCCUAGCACAGCCGGAGCACCGGCGUCUGGUCUCCUCUUUCCUUCAAUAAGAGCGAUAUUCCUCCUCCGGGAGGAGCAAUCAGUGAGAGAAGAUGAGGAUUAUGAUAAAGGGUGGAGUAUGGAAGAACACGGAGGACGAGAUCCUCAAGGCUGCGGUCAUGAAGUACGGCAAGAACCAGUGGGCCCGUAUCUCCUCUCUUCUUGUUCGUAAGUCCGCCAAGCAGUGCAAAGCUCGUUGGUAUGAGUGGCUCGAUCCUUCCAUAAAAAAGACCGAGUGGACUAGAGAAGAAGAUGAGAAGCUGCUUCACCUCGCAAAGCUUAUGCCCACACAGUGGAGAACCAUUGCUCCUAUUGUGGGGCGUACGCCAUCACAGUGCUUGGAACGCUAUGAGAAGCUCCUUGAUGCAGCGUGUGCCAAGGAUGAGAACUAUGAUGCCAAUGAUGAUCCAAGGAAACUGCGGCCUGGAGAGAUUGAUCCAAAUCCAGAAUCGAAGCCUGCUCGUCCUGAUCCUGUUGAUAUGGAUGAAGAUGAGAAAGAGAUGCUUUCUGAAGCACGUGCACGGCUUGCCAACACAAGAGGCAAGAAAGCCAAAAGGAAAGCCAGGGAGAAACAACUUGAAGAGGCUAGGAGGUUAGCGUCUUUACAAAAGAGGAGAGAGUUGAAGGCAGCUGGAAUUGAUGCUCGACAUAGAAAGAGAAAGAGGAGGGGCAUUGACUAUAAUGCUGAGAUUCCCUUUGAGAAGAAACCUCCUCCAGGUUUUUAUGACGUUGCUGAUGAAAACCGUCCAGUGGAACAACCUAAGUUCCCAACAACUAUUGAAGAACUUGAAGGUGAAAGACGAAUAGAUAAGGAGGCGCGUCUGAGAAAGCAGGACAUUGCUAGGAAUAAGAUUGCUCAAAGGCAGGAUACCCCAUCAGCCAUACUACAUGCCAACAAGCUUAAUGAUCCAGAAACAGUGAGGAAGAGGACUAAACUGAAUCUUCCUGCUCCACAAAUUUCAGACCAUGAAUUGGAGGCGAUUGCUAAAAUUGGCAUUGCGAGUGACCUCAUUGGGAGCGAGGAACUCACAGAAGGGAAUGCUGCCACACGUGCCCUCGUUGCAAGUUAUGCCCAAACUCCAAGGCAGGGAAUGACUCCACUAAGAACACCACAAAGAACACCUGCAAACAAGCAGGAUGCUAUAAUGAUGGAAGCCGAAAACCAAAGAAGAUUGAGUCACUCCCAAACACCACUACUGGGAGGAGAGAACCCAAUGUUGCAUCCAUCUGAUUUUUCUGGUGUGACUCCUAAAAAAAGGGAGAUUCAUACUCCAAAUCCCCUCUUGACUCCAUCAGCAACUCCAGGGGGGGCUGGUCUUACUCCUAGAACUGGCAUGACCCCUUCAAGGGAUGGAUAUUCUUUUGGCAUGACCCCAAAAGGGACUCCAAUGAGGGAUGAACUCCACAUUAAUGAAGAAAUGGAUAUGCACGAUGGGACAAAAGUUGGGCGUUCAGAUUCUAAACAAGAACUGCUUGCCGGUUUAAAAAGCCUACCACUUCCCAAGAAUGAAUACCAGAUUGUCAUUCAACCUCUUCCUGAAGAGAGUGAGGAACCGGAAGAGAAGAUUGAAGAGGAUAUGUCUGACAGGGUUGCAAGACAGAAGGCAGAAGAAGAUGCAAGACAACAAGCAUUACUAAAGAAAAGGUCAAAAGUAUUGCAGAGGGGUCUCCCGAGACCACCUCCUGCUUCGUUGGAGCUAAUUCGGAAUUCUUUAAUAAGAUCUGAUGAAGAUAAGAGCUCCUUUGCUCCUCCUACAGCAAUUGAGCUGGCUGAUGAGAUGAUAAGAAAAGAGCUUCUAUCUUUGUUAGAGCAUGAUAAUGUGAAGUACCCAGUUGAUGAGAAAUCUGAUAAGGAGAAGAAAAAAGGAUCCAAAAGAAAAUCAGUUAAUGUGCCCAUUAUUGAUGAUUUUGAUGAAGAUGAGCUCAAAGAGGCUGAUUAUUUGGUCAAGGAAGAGGCUCAAUUUCUGCGCAAGGCAAUGGGACAUGAGAGUGAAUCUCUUGAUGAAUUUGUUGAAGCACACAAAACGUGCUCAAGUGACAUUAUGUACUUCCCAACAAGGAAUGCGUAUGGUCUCUCCAGCGUUGCUGGAAACAUGGAGAAACUUAGUGCUCUACAAUCUGAAUUUGAGAGUGUGAAGAAGAGAAUGGAUGAUGACACUAAGAAGGCACAAAAACUUGAGCAAAAGGUUAAAGUUCUAACAAAUGGAUAUCAGUUCCGAUCUGCAAAAAUAGGGUUGCAAAUAGACGCAAUGUUCAAGCAAAUGGACACCGCUGGGACCGAACUUGAAUCUUUUAAAGUGUUGCAAAAGCAAGAGCAGAUUGCAGCAUCAAACAGAAUCAAUAACAUCUGGGAAGAAGUCCAGAAGCAGAAAGAGCUUGAGCGUACCCUACAGAAACGGUAUGGAGGCCUCUUAGCAGAGAAAGAAAGAAUUGGGCGUCUCAUGGAGGAACACAAAAGGCUAGAAGAAGCGCAGGCUGAAAAACAUGCUCUUCUUGAAAUGGCCAAUGCACAGGCUGAUGAUAAAAUCGUUGGUCCAGAGCCAAUGGCCUUGGUUGAGGAAGAAAACUCAAAUUGUGAAGAAACUCGAAGCGAGAAGAGGGGUGAUGGUGACGAUGAUGCUCAGGAACAACUGAAAGGAAGCCCUAAAGCUGGAAUGGAUAUGGACAUGAUCACAUCACCAGGAGUAGAUGAAAACCCACUCAGUGGCAAUGAUCAUGGAAGAACUUCUUCAUCAUCUGAUGAUUUUCAGUCCGUUAAACCUUCUGAUGUGGAGCCUUCAAUGCAUGUCGAGAAUGUACCCCACAGCUCUGAAGAUGUCGGUGUUGAAAUUUCUGGCAAAAUGCAGUCUCCAAGUGAAGAUGUUAACCCAACUAGUGGAAAUAAUCACCGUGAAGCUUCUCCAGCCGAUGUUUCUCAGAACAUUACACCUGCUGCUGAUGUGGAGUCUGUGGAGUAUAUAAAAAAUGCACCCAGCAGCUCUAUAGAUGGCGUUGUCAAUGAUAAUAAGAAUCCGACCAGUGGUAGUGAUCUUGGUGAAGCUUCCUCAACUGAUGUUUCUUCAAUCGUUGAGGCCCAGGGCUCAUGAGCUUGCAGAUAUAUAUAUAUUUGCUGAUGUACACAUGCGCUUGUUGGGAAACAUAUGAGAUGCGUUGAUGGGUGUUGGUGACUUGGGGUUCCUUUAUCCUAAAAGGCUAAAAGUGUACUGCAAUUAUAUGUUUGCUCAAAGCACUGAAUUCUUUAGCUGUUGUUAUACAUGUUGAGAUUUUUGGCGGAGGCAGACUAUUUUUUGGACUAUAUAAGCAUUGGAUAUCAUGUGACUGAACCUUGCCCUUCUUUUCCCCGACCUUUUGUAGGCACAAACAUUCACUAUCUACAGACUGAGACAAAGUUUCAUGUCUGUCACCUUGAAACUUGAUGGUAUAAUUGCCAGGUUGGUGUGCAAUAAACGCACAAAUGCGUAUAAUGAAUACAUGUGUGCUAAGAAUUUGAAAUGAAUUGAAUCAUUGAACAAGCUUAAUCAUUCAAGUGUAACUCUAGUUUUUUAUACAUUAACAUAGAUUGAUAGCUAUA